AAAUACUCUAACUUGAAAAGUACUUCUCCAAAAGCUCCGGCGAGAAGCUGAUUCUGCAAAAAUUACAACAUGCUAAACUAGCCCUAAAACUAUUUUCUUGUGUAUUGGUGAUAUUUUGAAAUAAUUUGUGGAUAUUGGGGAUUUUAUGGGGUUUUAGAAUCAUUGAUAGCUUUAGUAAUUCUACAAAAUAAGAGUACAAUUCUACUCCUAUCCAUCUACAAUUUGUCGUUUAUUUCUAUUCGUUGUGCGCCUAAAUGGAUCUCCUAUCAAACGCAAACACCAAAAUAGGUUUGUACAAGGUUGGUCUGAUUGUGAAAUCUGUCCGCGGGAAGUAAUUAUUUUGGUAGCUGUUUCUUUCAUUAAACACGUCGAAAUCACAUACCAAAAAUAUCUCAACUCAACGCCUAAAACAAGGGCUUUGUUGAACAGCCAGCCAUCGCUUCCAAGGUCAAAUGUCUCCUGGUCCUGGAUGCCGUCAGCCAUGACCAUCAAAUCAAGAUUAGUUAAGAUAUCAGAAAUAAUUAACACAAAGUCCACCUGUUUACUGUGUCUGGAAGGAAGCAAGCAGGUAGCCAACUGCCCGACUUGUCAGCCAUCAUGACAAACAAAGAAUCCUCCCUGAAAAUCAGCCAGCUUGAUUGGAAGACAGACACCACACCAGUGGUUAUCAAUAAUUUUUUAGGGCAAAAAGUCGUUUCUCCAUCCAUCUAUGGACACUUCCACCAUUUAUCAUGUUCAGACACAACCGCCGUUAGUAUCUGGUUGGUUACACACAAGGGUUCCGGCUUCCCUGCCAUUUUGGCUGUUCCGGCGAGCCUGAGGUACUGUGCUGGUCAGGUCUCUUGUCAAGUCCUGCUAUUAUUUCUGACCCCAAAGAUGUAGACAUGAUCUGCCGUACAGCCCAGCAGCAACUUGCCUCCAUGCCGAGAGCCAACCGCUGCCUCAUUUGAAUAUUCAUUAUCUAGAUAAACAGUCACACAGCCAUCAGUUUGACCGAGUCUCUGGUCAACCAAAUUACUUGAAUGAUUGAAGCUCACCAGAUCGAGAGGCAAGUGGUAGAACCGUAGAAGUCUCUUCUGCUAAUUUGCUGCCAUAGGCUAUCAGAAUCAGAGCACAAUCCUGAUUUUCUUCGAUGGCAACACUGUUGCUUAAUCCACUCCAAGUUUUGUUACUUGCUCUACUAGCAUCUCAUUCCCUUAGGGUUUCAGCUCAGCAGGGAAACGCAGACCAGUUCAUCUACAAUGGCUUCAGUGGAUCAAAUCUCACCAUCAGUGGGAUGGCAACCACCCACCCCAAUGGCAUCUUGGAGCUAACAAACACCUCGAAGCAACAGAUCGGCCACGCUUUCUUCCCGUUUCCAAUCCACUUCAACGCUUCUCCAUCCAGCAAUUCAAGUUCGAGCAGCCCCAAUGGAGUGCUCUCGUUCUCAACGACCUUCGUGUUUGCCAUGGUCCCUGAGACACCAACGCUUGGAGGUCACGGCAUAGCCUUUGUCGUCUCGCCUUCUUCCGAGUUCCAGAAUUCCAUUGCAACUCAGUACCUCGGACUCUUCAACUCCACCACCAUCGGGCUGUCUUCGAAUCAUCUGAUGGCCAUCGAGCUCGACACUGUUAUGAACCCUGAGUUUGACGACAUCAACAAUAACCAUGUCGGGAUAGACAUCAACAACUUGACAUCCAUUCAAUCUGCAGCGGCUGCAUAUUUCAAUACUGAAGGUGAAGCAAAUGAGUUGGAGCUCAUGAGUGGAAAACCUAUGCAGGUUUGGGUAGAGUACCGUGCACGAGAGAGGCAGUUAAAUGUGACACUUGCUCCUGUAAGAACCAGAAGAAAACCAGAGAAACCACUCCUAUCAUCCACGAUAGAUCUUUCUUCUAUUCUAUUUGAUCAAAUGUACAUUGGUUUCUCAGCAUCCACAGGCUCGGUUGCCAGCCAUCAUUACAUUCUCGGGUGGAGCUUCAACUUAUCCGGCCCUGCUCAGGAUCUUGACAUCUCUAGCCUCCCAUCACUGCCAGAUGAUAGAGACUCAGGAAGAGGAGGACCCAACUUAAAGAUUGUACUUCCAACCAUAGUAGGGAUUCUCUUGAUCCCAACAGUUGCUCUGACCAUCUACUUCACGAGGAAGAGAUAUGAAGAACUGCGGGAAGAUUGGGAAGAGCAAUAUGGUCCUCAGAGAUUCACCUACAGAGAACUCCACAAAGCAACCAAAGGGUUCAAAGACAGCCAGGUUUUGGGAUCAGGAGGUUUUGGGAAGGUUUACAGAGGAACCCUACCUGCUUCCAAUGUCGAAGUCGCGGUGAAGAAAAUCUCGCACAAUUCCAGUCAAGGUAUGAAGGAAUUCAUAGCGGAAAUCGCCAGCAUGGGAAGGCUGCGCCACCGGAACUUGGUGCAGCUGCUGGGCUACUGCCGACGAAAGGGCGAGCUGUUCUUGGUCUAUGAUUACAUGCCUAAUGGAAGCCUAGACCAAACACUGUUCAGUAGCAGCAAAGACACAGACGGAGCAACGAAUAGCAAUCUGAAUUGGGGACAGCGUUACCAGAUCGUGAAAGGAGUCGCCGCCGCGCUGGUUUACCUCCACGAGGAAUGGGGACAAGUGGUAAUCCACCGAGAUGUGAAGGCCAGCAACGUCCUGCUGGACGCCGAUCUCAACGGCCGGUUGGGGGAUUUCGGGCUGGCCCGGUUCUACGACCACGGAUCGGACCCGCAAACGACCAAUGUGGUGGGGACGAUCGGGUAUUUGGCGCCGGAGCUGAGCAGGACGGGGAGGGCGACGACGAGCAGCGACGUUUUCGCGUUUGGGGUUUUCAUGCUGGAGGUCGCGUGUGGAAGGAGGCCCGUGGUGGAGGCGCGUGAGAGGGCGGAGGAGGCGGUUUUGGUGGAUUGGGCGGUGGAGUGCUGGCGAAGAGGCGAGAUCUUGAAAACCUGCGAUCCUAGGCUGCAGGGGAAUUAUGUGAUGGAGGAGAUGGAGAUGGUGUUGAAGCUGGGGCUGAUCUGUGCUCACCGGUCGCCGGCGGCGAGGCCGACGAUGAGGAAAGUGAUGCAGUUUCUGGAUAAGAACGUGGCGUUGCCGGAGAUUUCUCCGCAAUCAGCCGGGGUUGGGGAUCACCGUCGCCGGGGUGGAUCGGGAGAUUGGGUUGUGCAGUUUCAUGUAUCCACUGAUGAAAUUUCAGGUUCUUAUUCCUUCUCUGAUGCGGAUUCGAUCCUCAGCACUGGUCGGUGACAAUGAUUCUGACUCGUAGCUGAAGCAGCAAGCAAUUUCCCGAUCAGGAAAGGAAAACGAUAAAGUAACCACUGGAAAAUGAUUCUUGAAUUUUAUUUAUUUUUAUCCCCCGGUCCCGUUUGUUUCGUUUCACUUCUUUUUUGUCAUAAUUAUCCUUGCAGUUGCGGAUAAAAUGGUUAAAAGACUUAAGAGCAAAGAAUAUCACAAGAGGAUCGGCAUUUUUGCCCUCACAGACAAUCUAACAAAUUAAAUUAGAGACAAAAAAUGAAAAAAUCAUAAAGAACAAUACUAAGA